AACACUUAAACCUACUGAAAGAAUUUGUUUAUACCUUAAUCUAAAAAUAAUAAUCUCCACAUUCUGUUUAGCUGCGGCUAUGACAUACUCCGAAUCCAAUGAAAACAGGUGGACGGUUGUUUCUGAGCUAUUAUUACUUGAUUUUUUGGAUCGACGGAUAAACGACGUUGAGCAAUUAAAAAUGCGAGGGAUUGCAGCAAUGAAAGUUAAACGCAAAUUAUGGGAUGAUGCAUCGAAUAUGUUACUUAAUUCCAAUUACAACUAUUCUGCCGAACAAUGUGCGACUAAGUGGAAGAAUAUUAAGCAAAACAACAAAAAAGGAUCGACCGAAAGCGAUCGUAUUCGUAUUCCCUAA